ACUCACACGCCUUCAUGAGUAUCUUGGAUGGGGACACAGUCGCUUUCAAGAAAAACUAUUUUUAUGCAAGGAAAUCACUUUAUACUUCCUUUACCAGCUAUAAACAUCCGCCAAGGUUUUAGUUUCUUCACAAAAUGUUCCUAACAACUAGACUCCUAUGGAUUACGACCACAAAUUAAUUUGAUUUUAUUGGCACUGUUUCCCCAAGUUAUGUCAGGCUCUGUACACAUCCAUCCAUCACACGACUGAGGGACAGAGAUAAACUCAGAUGCACUCCGCCUGUCAAAGAACUGCUUGAUCUUUUUUCACAAAGUACAAUGGGUGACAACCAAGACUUAGAGGAGUGGGCGACAAGUGUCGACCUGGACUCAGCCACAGUUGUCGUUCUCAAGGAGGAGGGGUUCACCAACCUGGAACUGCUGCGCCACCUGACGGCAGAUCACGUGACUGAGAAUCUGCAGAAAAGCAAGCGACUUCCUCUGGCUCAGUGUCUGGCUUUGAAAUCAGCGAUUAAAAUGUUUGCAAAUGAGUCGUCUGCAGGGUUAGAAACAGCGAAGAGUAGUGAAGUUGCUGACAGUAGACACGAACCGACUACAGACCACCUCACGGCAUCAGCAGCCCUUGGUGAAGAAGGUAACCCGUUCCGUAUUCUUAAGGUGGGCAGUGACUCGGAUCCAGACCUGAUCCAGUUGAAAAGCGCCGAGCGCAAUGGUGUGACCGUUGAGUACCUGGACUCGCCCGGUCUGUUUGAUACUCGCAAAGGUCCCGAGGCAGUAGCCACCGCCAUUGCCAAGUCUGUGGCCGGCAUGUAUCCGGGUCUUCACGCUCUUAUCUACAUCAUCGAGAUCGGCCAAUACACCGAGGAGGACGAGGGCAAGUACAACCGACUGCUGGAGCUUUUCGACAAAAAUCUGGCGAGGUACACCAUCGUCCUCUUCACUUCAGGAGGUAGAUUCAGCAGAGUAAAAAAAGUGGAAGACAUGCUAGCAAAUGCACCUGAGAGCCUGAAAAGGGUCCUAAGUGCCUGUCAGAACAGGUAUGUAGAUUUUAGUGACGGGGUAGUGACUGAGGUCUUUGUCCUAAUGCAGAAGGUGCGAGAACUAGUGGCUGCUAAUGGCGGAAAGCCUUACACUUGCCCCAAGUACUUCCACAUCGGGGAAGCCAUGGAGGAAGAGGUCAGGAAAAAGAUGGCGAAGGUUGAGAAGCAGCACCUUCAGAGCAAGCAGUAUGUCCAAGAACUUGAAGCCAAUGCGAAACAAGCCGAAGAAGCCGUGGCGAGAGAGAAGGAAGAGUUUGAAAAGAAAGAACAAGCCCGACAGAAAGAAAUGAAGGAACUGGAAGCACAGAGGACAGCACAGCUGGAGAGUCUCAAACAUCAGCUGGAGCAGCAACAGAUGAGUGAGGAGAGGAGACGGCAAAAAACAGAAGCAUUCUUGAAGAAACUUGAGGAAGACAGGCGGCAACAGAUGAGAGAGAUGGAAGAAGAAAGAAAAUGGGAGCAAGAGAACCUUAACGGGAAGGAAGAAGAAAUGAACACAAUGAUAGAAAGCAGGAUGGAAGAGGAGAGGAAACUUCGAGAAGAAAUGGCGCGAGCUCACGACGAGGAGAUGACUGCGCUGAGGGAAAGGAUCGUAGACGGACAAGAACCUUCUUUCUUGGACUAUGUGAUGACACCUUUUGUACAGCUUAUCGAAGGCGUGUGUACUUUGAUGACAGAACUGGCUUCUGAUUUCGGUGGUGACUAAUGCGAUUCUAUUUUUCUUUGUUUUGUUUUUUGUUUUGUUGUGUUUUUUGUCUUUUCUUUUUCAUUUUUGUUUGUUUUGUUUGGUUGUUGUUUUAAAUAUAUUUCUAUAUUGACACUGGAACCAGAAUUUCAGUGUGAUUUACUUUUUCAUUUUUUUUUGGUAAUUGACAUAGUUUUUUUGCAUAUGAAUGUGCUACAUACUUUUCCAUGUUUAAAUUGCGAUUGGAACUAAUAAAGUUGGUUAUAAUCAUUGUUGCACAUACAUUUAUAUGCAGGACAAUUUGCUGCAGAUGUAGAUGAGGAUUUAGUGUAUAGCUGCAGAUGUAAUUAAUGUAGAGAACAUGAACGUCUUUUCGGACUCAGAAUCACUCUCGUUUUUGAAUAACUUGUUAAGGCAAGUUUUUAACUCUCAGUCACAUUCUAAAUUCAACUGGAGCUAACUCAGGAGCAUCUUUCCAAGACUUAUGUCUUGAAAAUUACAGAUUUAUGGAAAAGAAAUUAUAAUAGAUAUUUUGUAUAAUAUACCAUGUACAGAUUGAAAAAUAUUAAGACGCAAAUCUCAUGAUGCUAAGAAGAAUGGAUGCUGUAAGAUUCCACGUACAAAGAGUUAUUUCUAAAUAUACCCGUUACACUAAUAAACUUUAUGUGAAGCUUGUUUUCACCUACUUAUCUCUAUGAUCAUUAUUUAAUCUUAGUUCUAUUUUAUUGUUCUCAGUUUUCUAAUUUCAUUAUCACUGAAAUGCGUUUAAAAAUACGAAAAAUAAAUAAAUAAUCUAAUAUUAAAUAAAAGUCAGUUUCCUUGACGGUUUUCGUUAUUUUCCCUCAGAUUAUUGAUUUAAAAAUUAAAUUUGAGUUAAAUCAUUUUAGUUAUUUGCUUUACGAACAGUAACAAACUGUGCAAUGGCACGUCAAGAUUGCCACAAGACUGUUAAGGUCAUGCAGUAGCUAAUGUUUUUUUUUCAAUGAACAUGAAAUUAGCCACUGAUAAUAGAAGGCGUCGUUCACUUUGUCACUCUCAUAAAGGGACAUAAGCUGUCUCUUAGCUUCAAGCGCGGGUCAUCUCCCUUCACUUCACUUACAAAUUUUUUUUCUGGUAUGGACAAGCUAUUCUCCUAAAAAUAAAAAUUUGUCACGACUUAUUUGUUACAGAAAAGUACUGGAUAUCAGUCCGAAAAAAAUAAAGUAGCAAGGGAAGUGAGGACAUUUAAUAGGACUUGAACCAACACUAUUGUUAUCCAUGUCUAGGUAUGUGUUGAGAGCAGAUACACUAUAUCUAGUAAUAUUAUUACUCUGAAAGAAUAAAGUGAUUUAGUUCCCCUCGAAGAUACAAGCUGUUUUCAGACUUGAUCUCCUACACUGUAAAGUUAAACUUAUCCCCAAGACGAAGAAUUUCAGCACAAAGUCAGUCGUUUGCAUGACUUUACAGAAAUUUACUCUAAAAAGAAUUUAGAACUGACAAAGGAGAUCUUCACAAAAUAACAAAAGAAAGAGAUGAAGAAGAGAGGGGAAAAAAAUAGAGAAAAUAAAAAAGAGAGAAUAUAACAGCAUCCUUUACAGGUGUGCAGCAGGCGGUGUGUCAAAGGUUAUCAUUAUUCUAGGAGUACGCAGAUCGUCGUCGUUUCUAAAAAUAGCUGAGUUCUCGAGAAACUCUUAUUUCCUGCUCCGCUGAAUUCUUGAGAAGUCAAAAGAGCCUGAAGUGUGUUUGGUCCUAUUUAAAUCGGCUCAGACCUUACGAUAAAAACAGAUCACCAACAGUGCACACUGCCGUUAGGUUAGUACCUACACUAAAAUAUAAACAACGGUACAAAUUAGAUACUCGUUGUAGUAUGGAUAGACGGACGGAUGGGGAUAGAUUGAUGGAUGGUAGAUGCAGUUCAAACAAUGAUAGAAAGGGGUGAGCUGAUUUCUUGUCAAACUGGACAUAGGUGUCUAAAUCUAAGCUAUAAGCUGACAGUUCCGUAGAGACAUUUUAAAGCCAACUUUAAAACAGAAAUAUGUAGGCCUUUUGAAGUCAGAGUUUUAAAGAUGAGUCACAAGGCCUUUCGAGUAACCAGUUACUCAACUCAUUACACAAAAUCACUAAAGGCGCCCUGACAAGUCUGCAAGAAAACUUUAAAUAAUUAAACAUAAUAAAGUAAAAGGCAUAAAUUCUCACCAUCUCUUAGCCAAAGGUGUACUGAACAAAACUUGUUCACUGUUUGUAGGACACAAUUUG